CGUUAUGGUCUCUCUAAUACAUAUCUGAGGUUUUUCCUGCCUAAUUUAAAAAUGUCUCAGCAAAUUCGCGUUUUACAAUGCAUUCAAUGCAAAAUGUACCAGGUUGACCUGGUAAAGAAGGCCAACAAAUGGGAGUGCAAAAUAUGCCGCCAUAAGCAGGAUUUGCUUAAAGAGUUCUUUCGAGGAUCGGGACCAGAGUGCCGGGCCAAGGUGCAACAAAUGAACCUGGAGCGUGGACAACAAGAGGAACUUCUAGAGGAAAAUCUGCUCUUACAUCAGGAGCCGAAUCAGGAGGAUUGCUCAAUUGAAAGCCAGGAAACCAAUCCUCCAAAGAAAACCAAGAACAAGUGGACAAAUUAUGUGGAUGAAAACAUUGAGGUUCCCCAAAAGUCUGCAAUACGCCCAGCGAAAGUAGCAGUUGUUAAGGAGGAUCAAAGUGAUGGCUUUUGUAUGAACUUUGACAAAUCCAAGGAUCGCGUCUCGAAGGCCACAAAGCGUCCUGGACCAAAUGUAGUAACCUCUCUUGGUAACAAAAGUUCUAAAUGGAGCAAUUAUUUAUAAAUUAUAAUAUAAGUCUUUUCUUGAGUAAAUAUAGUUCUUGAUCAUUUAAAAUAAUCACCAAUAAAUCAAUAUCUAUGGUUUAUUACGUUUUAUUAAAA